UAAAUGUGAUUAUAGGUUUCUAUGACAACAGUAGAUGUUGAUUGUUGUUAAGUGUUAAGGUUUCGUUUGGUCUGUUUGUGAAAGUUAAUCUGAAUAUUAAUUGAAAAUGGCAAGUGAAGUGGAAGAAACUAUGAAAAGAAUCCAGUCCCACAAGGGUGUUUUUGGUACUAUAGUGGUAAACAGUGAAGGUAUUCCCAUCAGAACCUCACUGGACAACACAGCUUCAGUGCAGUAUGCUGGUCUCAUCAGUCAGUUGGCAGAUAAGGCACGUAGUGUGGUGCGCGACUUGGAUCCCACCAAUGAUCUCACAUUCUUACGCAUACGCUCUAAGAAGAACGAGAUAAUGGUUGCACCUGAUAAAGAAUUCAUCUUGAUUGUAAUCCAGAAUCCAACCGACUGAACCAGUAACAGCUGAGCUCAUUAUUGUGUUAAUGCCACUAAUUGUUACUGCCAUUGCAGUGAAAUUGAAGGUGCAAAGAAUAUGUUAUUUUUUUAUUGUAAAUGUUUUUUGCAAUUUUUAGUUAUGAAAUGUAACACAUAUUUGUAUAAUUGGAAUGUAAUUAAUAUUGUGCACAACUAAUAUACAUGUCUGAUUUCUAAGUUAUUAUUUUCAAAAUUAAUGCCGCACAACUAUUUAAAUUAGAGAGUAAAUAAAUAUGUAUAAUGUUUUUAUGUCUUAAUUUUAUAUUGCUUAAGUAUGAGAAGUAAUAAGUGAAAUUGCAUCUUUAUAUCUUAUUGUGAUUCUAAAAUUUAAGAAUCAGUGUAAAUUAUGUUAAUUUAUUCUUGUAAUAAAUAUGUUAAUGAAUUAUAUAGCUAGAUUAUUUAUAAUGAGAAAUAAAUUAUUUCUGUAUUAAAUAACAUUAACUUGGGCUAGUAUUAAAUUUUUCAUAUUUUGUUGGGGGUUUUUUUAUCUAAUGUUAGUUGCCAGUGGGUUAGGCAUACAUUGUUAAUAAUUUAUCCAAAGUGAACAUAUGUUCAUCAUAUGUGAUUUUUAAUUUUAUUCAGAAUGUAGGUACUGUAUUUACCUGAAAAGAGGCUUUGAGGUUUUAUUAAUAAUAUUCAUUCACAAAAGCUUGGUUCAGUUGGCAAGAUACAUCAAGUAUAUCAAUAACAGAAAAAACAUCUUACAAACCUGUAGUAUAAGCUGUUUGGUAUACUGAGUAGUCAUUUUGUAUUUUUUGAUUCAUUUGUAUUAAAUAAACCAACCUAACCUUAGUUACUAUACAUGAAAGUGUGCUUGCAUGAGAAUAUGUCAAACACUAUGAAAUCCAAUUAUGGCUUGUUUUAAUAUCUGUAUGCAUGCAUUAUUAAAAUAAAAAGAUGUAGCUUUGUGCAAGAGUAUAUAUCAUUUUAUUAAUGGAAGGUACUUAGUACAUAAUAAUUAUCAUGUGGGGGUAGUUCAAUCUGACAUUUACAUAUCCUGGAUAUGAAUUGAUGGUAGAACUUGUGUAAAUUUUGUAUGACAGAUGUGUUGAUGUACAGUUUGUUUUAUUAUCCAAGUAACCUUUGGGGUUUAUUUGUGGUUGAUAUUAAUUCAGUUUUCCUUAAAGAUUCUAUCAGCUACUUAGACUUCUUAGAGUCAAGGUUUUAUUAUCUUAUAUUUUAACCAAUUUCAUUAUCAUUUUUAUUUUUUAUGAAUAUUGUACAUAUGUCACUUAGAUACAUAAAAUUACUUAAAUUGUGGCAUGUAUUUCAUUUUCUGUGUCAACAUGAGAAACUGUGUUUUGGAACUUUGUAGUGAAAAAAUAAUUGAUUUAAUUUCUAUAUUGUUCUACCACAAUUCACCUUAAAUUGUCAGUGAUUUAUUAUUAAAAUACUAUUAAUAUGGAUAAUAAAAUCAAUAUUCCAA